AUGGUUAUUAGCAAAGCUAAAUACCAAAUUCGCUUUAGCUUAAAAAACGCUUUCGCAAAAGUGCUUUUUUUAACAAAAGCCAAGCUAAAACGUUUAUAUAAACAAUUUAACCACCUUUUUAUUAAGCGCUUUUGGCAUGUGCUUAACCAAGCAAGCUAUCGAACAAAUUGCAACGUUUUGCAAAUAAUUAAUCGGCUUUUAAGCGCUAUUGGCUUAACAUUUACUUUGGCCCGCUUAACGUGGUAUUUUACGAUGCAAAAACCAAUUUCGCUGCAAGCAAAUUCCAAACGGAAGCAAAGCUUUUUGGAAUUACUUGCCAUUAAGUUUUUAUAA